CAUAGUUCACUUCGGGCGAAAAGCAUUUGCGGGUGUUCAUUUCGGGUCUGUUCGGUGCAGCCAUAUUAGUGUGAGUUGCGUGGAAUUCUGGACUAGCGUCGUAAUCUACCUGUUGGAUAACCAUAAGCAGCUUCUCACGAGGGGAAGCUUCUCGUGUGACUUGCCGUAGUUGUUACCAGUGUUUUUAAAGUUAUAACUAAAACUUGAAGCAAUGUUGUGCAUUACAGAAAUGCGCGUACUCUCAACACGCCGCUUAACUAGUUUGCACACGAAACGUGCUUUGUUUACUCAAGUCGGGCAGGUGAGGCACUCACAUGUUUUAGGAUCUAACCAUACGUCGUGGGGAGCAAGGAGGACUUUUGGAGGUUUUGGUUGUGUUACAACUCCAUUACAGACGGACCGAAAGACAUGCAAACCAAUUGUUUACUUACACAGUGUCCAUGGAGGAGGACGCUUUCACAAUAGACCAUGUAUGCGUUCCUUCUCGACCAGAACAGCGUACGACGACGCUUUCUCAACAGCAAGGGAUAACCCUGAAACAUUCUGGAGCGCAGCUGCACAAAAUAUCGAUUGGUUUGAACCAUGGCAUCAGCUUUUGGACAAGACAGAUAUAGUAUUGCCGCAAUGGUUUGUUGGAGGUAAGCUGAACGUCUGUUACAAUGCAGUGGACCGGCAUGUGGACAGCGGAAGAGGGAAUCAGGCCGCUAUCAUCUACGAUAGCCCUGUUACCAACACAAAACACAUACUGAGCUACAAGCAAUUACAGGAGGAGGUUUCUCGGCUGGCUGGUGUCCUGUUGAGAAAUGGGGUGAAGAAAGGGGACCUGGUGGUCAUCUACAUGCCCAUGGUGCCUCAGGCUAUGUUUGCCAUGUUGGCAUGUGCCAGAAUAGGGGCAACCCACAGCCUCAUCUUUGGUGGCUUUGCUUCCAGGGAGCUGUCUGUUCGUAUCGACCAUGCUAAGCCUAAGAUGAUUGUGACGGCGUCGUUUGGCAUCGAGCCGGGCAAGAGGGUGGAGUACAUCCCUCUGGUGGAGAAGGCCCUGGAACUGAGCAGCCACAAGCCCCAGAAAGUGCUCAUCUUCAACAGGCCCAACAUGGAGAGGGUGUCCAUGCACCCUGACCUGAGUCUGGACUGGGACGAGGAGAUGGCCAAGGCUCAGCCCCAUGACUGUGUCCCCCUCCCUGCUAACCACCCCCUCUAUAUCCUCUACACCUCUGGAACAACAGGCGCACCCAAGGGCAUUGUCAGAGACACGGCGGGCUAUGCGGUCAUGCUGAACUGGACCAUGACCAAUGUGUACGGACUCAGCCCAGGAGAGGUGUGGUGGGCAGCCUCAGACCUUGGCUGGGUGGUUGGUCACUCCUACAUCUGCUACGCCCCUCUUCUCCAUGGCAACACCACCAUUCUGUAUGAGGGUAAACCUGUGGGGACUCCAGAUCCUGGGGCGUUUUUCCGUGUGAUCUCUGAGCAUGGCGCGUCCUCCAUGUUUACUGCACCCACGGCCAUCCGAGCCAUCCGACAGCAGGACCCUCAGGCAGAGCGAGGGAACCAGUACCCCAUGCACAGGCUCCGGAGCUUGUUCUUGGCAGGGGAGCGCUGUGAUGUGGAGACACUGGAAUGGACCAAGAAGAGCUUUAAGGUUCCAGUGCUGGACCACUGGUGGCAGACUGAGAGUGGAUCAGCUAUUACUGCCUCCUGCAUCGGUCUGGGAGGCUCAGUCUCACCGCCUGCUGGUCAAGCAGGCAAGUCAGUGCCUGGAUACAAUGUCACAGUGAUCGAUGAUGACAUGCAGGAAGUGGAACCCAGGACUCUGGGUAAUAUAGUAGUAAAACUCCCAUUGCCUCCGGGGGCAGCACUGACUCUAUGGCAGAAUGCCGAUUUGUUCCGGAAGCUUUACUUUACCAAGUUUCCGGGUUAUUAUGACACCAUGGAUGCAGGCUUUGUGGACGAGGAGGGCUUUCUGUACAUCAUGUCGCGGUCUGAUGAUGUCAUCAAUGUCGCAGGACACAGGUUGUCUGCUGGGGCGCUGGAAGAGUCAGUGCUGUUGCAUGCUGGGAUAGGGGACUGCGCGGUGGUGGGGCUUGAGGACUCCCUGAAGGGCCAUGUUCCAUUAGCUCUGUGUGUGCUGCGUAAUGAGUGUCAGAAGAGCCAGGAAGAGGUUGCGAAGGAGAUUGUGAGUCUGGUCCGUGAGACGAUUGGGCCAGUGGCUGCCUUCAGGAAAAUUCUGUUUGUGAAGGGUUUGCCCAAGACCCGCUCAGGAAAGAUUCCUCGCUCCUCUCUGGCCAACCUUGUCAAUGGAAAGCCAUAUAAGAUCACUCCGACCAUAGAGGACCCUGGUGUUUACAAGAACAUUGAGAUGGUCGUGCAAGAGAGUCAGCUCAGACCCGGACAGUGACACACACACUCACAAAGGCCCGUAAACGAGCAAGCCGUCCAAGACACCACAUAAUUAUUUUCUUAAUGCACACAGACACUUCCAGACCUCUCUUCCUACAUAUUGCACAAACAUUUCAUGUAGGGCUGUCAAAAUAAUGCCGUUAAAAUAACGCAGUAAAAAAUGUAACGCUGAUUAAUCGCAUUUCAUAGUGACAUUUGACCCUGUGCAGUCUGGCUAUCGUGACUGAAGGAGGCAGACGAGAAAGCACUGCUUUGAAUGAAACAUUUAGCCUACAGUAGGUCAGUGGUUUUCAAAGUGGGGGCUGGGGCCCCCUGGGGGGCCGCGAGGGGGUGCUAGGGGGGCCUCAGCAAGUUGGAAGGAAAAAUAAAAGGAACAAAUAAACACAUUUGAAAAUGCAAAAUAUACUUAUUACUAUGAGGGUUGUUAUACACUGCCAUUAUAAUAUUGGGUCGCAUAUCUGGACAUUAUAUUUUCCAUGAUAAUGACUGUGUAUAAUAGUAGAGUGAUAGCUCUCAUAUAGCAGAAAGCCCUAAAUGCAAUUUUUAAACACUGUAUGCUCUAUCGCAAAGUGGUUGUUGCUAAAAUAAUAAUUAGGAUUAGCUUAAUGUAUUUUUACAUUUGCCGUAGUAUUGUCGAUGGGUUUAAUAACACAUCAAGGGGGUCCUUGGCCAGAACCUAGUGGUAUUUGGGGGGCCUUGUCGUGGAAAAGUUUGGGAACCCCUGGCCUAGGCCAAUGUUUUAAAAAGAACACCCAGACCAAUACUAUUGACAGAAGCAUCAAUCUACUAUUUGCCUACCAUAGGAUGGGAUGCUUUUCCCAAAACCGUAGUUGCUAACCUGUUAGCAACUUAGUUGGUUGGCAAUGGGAAAUUGCAUUGCAACCAACAAAGUUGCUUACUUAGUUAGCAACUAUGGUUUUGGGAAAAACUGGGACGCAUAUUUUCUUGAACUGCUAUUUCUUAUCCUGGACUGCCACCUACUGGAUAUAAAAGGCAACAACCUAGUAAUUAUGUGAAUAAAAAUCUACACGUUUGAAUGGCCAAAAAAAGGAUAAAUCAUAGGUGGUGUUCCUCACAUUACCUUGGUGUUAGGGUAGCCUACUCUGCACAUGUCAUUGACAUUGAGUGGUAACUUCAGUCAUUUGCAUUUAUCAUGCUAAAAAUCCAGGCACUAUGCUGAUGUCUGACCCAAAGAGAAAAUUAUAAUAAAAGAGAGACACAUUAAACUUUAAAGUCUAUAAUGUUGGCUUGGCUGUUAAUUGAUUCACUCAUCUCCCAAACUUCUUUUUAAGAUAUGUUCAUAGCAAAAAUGGAUUUGUGCGAUUAAUUUAGAUUAAUUAAUCACAGAGUAUGUAAUUAAUUAGAUUACAUUUUUUAAUCGAUUGAUCUAUUUUCAUGGUGUCUACUACAGUACAACUGUAUGAUUAAUAUGCAGUCUCAUUCCCACGCACAUACGCACGCUCCUGCCAUAAUACAUCAAGAAGGCCGAUGUUGAGAAUGUUUACAUUUGUAUCAUUGUUUUGAAUUUAAGCGAGCAGAAGUAAAGGAAUGCAAAUGUAGUGAAGCCUUGUAGGGACCUUGUACACAGGGCUUAAAACAAGGACAAUUUCUGUGCUGGAAGUAUCUAUAUUCAAAUCUUAAACAGCCUGAUUUCAGGCACAGUGCCUUGGAACUUUAAGCCCUUUUUGCUGAAAUAUGUUUGUCAUGGCAGAAUUAUGAAAACAGCAAUUAUUUUUUAAUAUUAAUGUUUAUCAAAUACUACCAUUAGUUUUGUAUUGGCAGCUGCUUUGCACAAAGAGGUUUGUUUCUGCAAUGUUGUUAGGGGAACAGUAUUUUUUUAAAAACAGACAUCCAUUUAAUCGACAUUACUUUUUAUUGACAAAGAAAAUUCAGUUUGAUCACCACAUAGUUUUGACCAAAAUACAAUCAGUAAUAAAUAAAAAAAAAAAUGGACACAAAAUAAAACGUUUUGUAUUUCUUUUUUGUUUGUUUUUCUUUUCUCUGUUCGUGCAAAACAAGGCUAUGUAAGGCCAGGGCCAAGCUGCACUCAAGGGUGGAACUCAAAAACCAGAAAG